CUGUAUGUGGAGCAGUGUACAGUGGAAGCGGAGGCAGCGCGGCUCCGCGAGCUCCUCUCCACUUUCCCAUAGAGAGCCCCUGACUGGCCGCUGAGGGCGAGCCACACACACGCCCUCGCGCCGCGGCGAGCCCGCGAGGUCACUGUCAUAUGACAAAGGCUUUGCUGCAGUUCAUCUUCCUUCCUGUGUACCUCCAUUUACCUUCCAGGAAUCCUGCUGCAUCACAGAAGCUGGAAGUUCUGAUGUUCCACUGAAAUCACAAUGGGAAGUCUUGACUUGACUGGUAAGAGCUGCUCUGGACAUGCAUCUUACUUUCUUACCUGGAAGCAGUGAGGCAGUCAAGAACCAUGUGCUAUCAGAGCUGGUCUCAGCCCUUUCUCAUCCGAUGGAUUCACCUUUCAUGUUGAUCGGGGAAGUGUGACCCUUGUACAGUUUUUCAUGUCAGUGUUUUUGUGUGUAACAUUUUAAUCUUCAUCAAGCACCCUCAGGAAGACCCUAAGCCUCUAGCAGAUGAUAUCAUCUCCAGCAUGUUAUAGAUGUGGAGGAUCCCUUGGGAUAUUGAGAAAUACCAGAGGCGAAUUGUUCCACUGUAGUCACAGUAAUGAAAGGCAGUAAUAGAAAUAAAGAUCAUUCAGCAGAAGGAGAAGGGGCCGGAAAACGACCAAAACGGAAGUGUCUUCAGUGGCAUCCGUUGCUAGCCAAGAAACUUCUGGACUUUUCAGAAGAGGAGGAGGAAGACGAGGAAGAAGAAGAUAUUGAUAAAGUUCAACUUGUUGAGGCGGAUGGCCUAGAGCAAGAUGUUGGUGAGACUGAAGAUGAUGAGUCACCAGAGCAGCGAGCCCGGAGACCAAUGAAUGCGUUUCUUUUAUUUUGCAAGCGCCAUCGAUCCCUUGUCCGACAGGAACACCCAAGGCUUGAUAACCGAGGUGCUACCAAGAUACUAGCUGACUGGUGGGCUGUUCUUGAUCCAAAGGAAAAGCAGAAAUAUACAGACAUGGCCAAGGAGUAUAAAGAUGCAUUUAUGAAAGCAAAUCCUGGCUACAGAUGGUGCCCUACCACAAACAAGCCCGUGAAGUCGCCAACACCCACUGUCAAUCCACGGAAGAAACUCUGGGCCUUCCCAUCUGACUCCUCAAGAGACUUGCCAACCGCUAAGAAGGCAAAGACAGAAGAAGUUCCUCAGCUUAACUUUGGAAUGGCAGAUCCUACUCAGAUGGGAGGCCUGAGCAUGUUGCUGCUAGCUGGAGAACAUGCUCUUGGAACGCCAGAGGCAUCCUCUGGGACUUGCAGGCCUGAUAUUUCAGAGUCACCUGAGUUGCGUCAGAAGUCACCAUUGUUUCAGUUUGCCGAGAUAUCCUCCAGGACAUCCCACCCCGAUGCUCCUUCAAAACAGUGUCAAGCAUCAGCCUUGUUUCAGUUUGCAGAGAUCUCUUCAAGCACUUCGCAGUUGGGUGGCACUGAGCCUGUGAAACGCUGUGGAAAUUCUGCACUCUUUCAACUGGCAGAGAUGUGCCUGGCGUCAGAGGGCGUAAAAAUGGAAGGCACAGAGCUAACCAAGUCCAAAGACUCCGACGGAGGACGAAUCGAGGAGAUGGAAAAGGGGAAGGAAGAGCGAGACAUGAAAAUGGAGAAAACCAUUGAAACUGCGUUCCAGGCGGAAGCAGAAUUCGGGAAGUCAGCAAAGGGCAACAUCAGAGAGCCCAAGGACUUAAGAGACAUUGAACAGCUACAGUCGGAUAACGUAAUGGCUAUCAAAGUGGAAGACCCCAAAGACAGUAGAAAGGAGUCAGACGACGAUCAGAAAUACAGCCACUUCCCUGAUUUUUCUUACUCUGCCAGUAGCAAGAUAAUAAUUAGUGAUGUCCCCAGUAGAAAGGACCACAUGUGCCACCCUCACGGAAUCAUGAUUAUUGAGGACCCCACUGCACUAAACAAACCAGAAAAGAUAAAAAAGAAGAAGAAGAAAAACAAACUGGAUCGACAUGGAAACGACAGGUCCACCCCCAAGAAGGCCUGCAAGAAGAGGCAGUCUUCAGAGUCGGACAUCGAGAGUGUCAUGUACACCAUCGAAGCGGUAGCGAAGGGAGACUGGGGUGCUGACAGACUCGGAGAAACCCCAAGAAAGAAAGUCCGCACCUCCUCAAGUGGCAAGGGGGGCAUUUUGGAUGCCAAGCCACCAAAGAAAAAAGUGAAAUCCAAGGAGAAGAAGGUUUCCAAGGAGAAGUGCUCAGACAUCACCAAAGAGUCUCGACCUCCAGAUUUCCUUAACAUUUCUGCCAGCAAGAGUGUUCCUGGGGAGGUGCCAGAGAGCAUGAAAGCAGAACCCUUGACGCCUACAGAGGAUGCACUGCCACCUAGCCUACCAGGACAGGCUAAGCCUGAGGACAGUGACUGCCACAGAAAAACGGAGACCUGUGGCUCCAGGAAAUCUGAGAGGUCUUGCAAAGGUGCUCUUUAUAAAACCCUGGUGUCCGAGGGCAUGCUCACCUCCCUGCGAGCUAAUGUUGACAGAGGGAAACGAAGCUCAGGAAAAGGAAACUCCUCUGAUCAUGAAGGGUGUUGGAGUGAAGAGAGCUGGACAUUUAAUCAGAGUGGGACCAGUGGAAGCAAGAAGUUUAAAAAGAAGCUAAGGGAAGACUCCUUCCUUGGUUCUGCAAAGCUGGAUGAGGAAUUUGAAAAGAAAUUCAACAGCCUCCCUCAAUAUAGUCCUAUUACAUUUGACCGGAAAUGUGUAUCUAUUCCAAGGAAAAAGAAGAAGACUGGAAACAUGUCCUCAGAAUCGACUAAAGCCAGCAAAGGUCCUUUCCAGUCUCAGAAAAAGAACUUAUUCCACAAAAUUGUCAGCAAAUAUAAGCACAAAAAGGAGAAGCCUAAUGUUCCAGAAAAAGGAAGUGGGGAUAAAUGGUCACACAAGCAAUUUUUCUUGGAUGCCAUUCACCCUACAGAAGCCAUAUUUUCAGAAGAUAAAAACACCACAGAGCCUGCUUAUAAAGUUAAAAAUGCCCUAUCCAUUCCCAACACUCCAGAGCCAACAGCAAUGCAAGAACCUUUGGUGGGCAGCCAAAAGAGAAAAGCAAGGAAAACCAAGAUCACACACCUUGUCAGGACUGCAGAUGGCCGAGUCUCACCAGCAGGAGGUACACUGGAUGACAAACCAAAGGAGCAGCUGCAGAGGCGUCUCCCCAAAGUCCCCGAGACAUUCUGCGGUGAUAAUUGCUCACACACUACGGUUGAGGAGCCACGGAGCAGUACUCCAGAAAUGCCUGCUGUGUCUGCAUUCUUUAGUCUCGCUGCACUGGCUGAGGUUGCAGCCAUGGAGAAUGUGCACAGAGGUCAGAGGUCAACUCAACUCACCCAUGAUGGACAGCCAAAAGAAAUGCCGCAGGCUCCUGUACUUAUUUCUUGCGCUGACCAGUGACGCGCCCUUUAAUUGUAAAACAUUGUGCUUUACCUUCUACCCUAGCCUUGUCUUUACCAGGGAUGCUAGCGAGUCCAUGUGGUGGGAAGUACAGACUGCAGACAAGGGCCUGUUGCCCCACACGGCCCAGAAUCACUUGAAGCAGAACUUAGCAUUCUGGGCCCAUUUGUUGUUUCAGAAGCCACAGUUUCUGAGGGCAGUGUUCCUGUGUGAUACUGAGCAAAAGCAGAGGGACCCGCACCUUUGCUUUGCGUGGAGGAAGGCUUUUGAUGGUGACCAGUGGUGACUCGGUAAAAGGCUGCCUUCGCUGUAGCUCAUCCAGCAUCUCUUUUACCAGCCAGAGAGUGGGAAACUAGUUUCAUAUAUUACCUAGUUCUUCUUUCAAAACAAACAAGAAAACCCUGACGCACUGCACUAGUUAUUAUUAGAUAUUCUUAGUCUUUUGUACAUGAAGAUUUAAGUUCUAAGAUGGUUUAUAUAAUAGGUUAUACCUACAUUUAUAUUGUAGAAUAAAUAUUAAAAAGCCUGUACCAGAGACUCCCAAGCAGCACGGGCAGGCAGACGUACCAUUGUUAGCGGUGUAUGCUCGGCCUCAUGGUCCAUAUAUUCUGCACUUUUAUAUUUGCCACCAGAGUGGUAGUGGUAGUUUGCUGGCAGAGAGAGAGAGAGAGAGAGAGAGAGAGAGAGAGAGAGAGAGAGAGAGAGAGAGAGAAGAGGAGAGAGGAGGAGAAAGGAGAUAUUAAUUGAGAAAGAGAAUAUUACAGUUCUUACAAUCUGAAUUUUUUUCUUAGCCUUGAGUGACCAAGAAGAAUUUGCUUGGGGCAAAUUGUGGCAAAUAUUUUCCCAGACAGGGGAAGCAUCCUGCAGAUUACAGAUUACUGAUGUUUCCAUGCCUUGAGGAUUCUUUUAUUUUUACACGGGGGUCUAAGUGACCAAUGGAUCGUUCAUAUAAACAAACAAAAAAAAAACAGACAAAAAUAUUAUUCAGAAGUGACCUUAGUAUUACUUCAUUAUUCUAACCACAUUGAAGAUGCUCACUUCAUAUGGACUUGGAGCUUCAGACCUUUUACAUCCAUCACAGACAGACCGGAUGGGUUGUGAUUGCUGUGCAUGGCCUAAUAGGCACUGCAGGCUUUAGGAGCCAUUUGGAGUUUGUAUCGUUGAGGGAGUAUUGAGUAAACGAGGGGGGAGGUGUGUCUGAAGUGCGCCUCUCAGUCAGAUCCACCUACAAGUUUCUGUUUCCUUUUUAUGUUUUGUUGCUUUUAAGCAUAAAGCCAACCAUAUGCCAGUGCCAAGUGGAUUAACUGGCUUACAACAUUCAACAUAUUGACUUAACCACCUGAUGUUCACAGUAUCUUGUUUCCUAGCAACAGAUGCUAAGUAAUACAUCAAAAUUAAUCUGAGGCUACAGAUUUUACAGGGUAUUUGUUCCAUAGCACAAAGUAUUUCCCCACUCUUGCAUCACAGCACAAACUACCAAAUUUUGAUUUUUUUUUUUUUUUAGAUCCCAGCAAUAAUUUUUAAUAGUUUUCAAACUGGUGGAAUUUUGAUAGUGCUAGCUGGAGUUUGAAGCUUUUGAAUUAGAUCUCUAAAUGGUGACAGUUUACAUGGUUUUAUCUAGCUUUCUUAUUUAUACUUGACUGAAUUGUAAUUUUUUUCUAAUUGUAAUCUGACCUAAUAGCCAUAUAAAAUGACUCUGUUAGUACUGUCUAGGCCUAGCUUCUCACGGUUGUAGAUAUUCAGUUCCGGUGCUGGAAAAUAUGUACAACAAUACUAACAGGAUUGAAAAAGAUGGAGGUUUGUUUUGUUUGUUGUUUUUCCAAAGCAGGUAGGGAGGACAGCAAAGUAUUAGAAUUAUGUCCUCAAACGUUAUGUUCGUUGGGGAGGAAGGAAGCAGGACUUAGUAACAGUUAAUCAGUAGGCGGAGCUUAACCCCAUUCACAGAGAGAGAAAUCAAGUGACAGCCCCAGGUCUUAGCGUACUAUUUUUACUAUGAUAACUGUUUUAAUAAUAUUUUCUAAAUUUCAAAACAUAAAACCGAAUGAUUGGAAAUUGGUGGGUCCUCACGUUGGUGGCUGUUGGAGUUUUGGACCACUUGCUAGCAGUGAUUUAAACAUGAUAAUUAGCUAACCCCCUCCAAAAAAAAUAAUAACAAAAAUAGAAAACCAACAAUUGCAUUGGUGCAGAACAUGCAUCUUGACAAUGGUACUAACUUGUUAUUCUCUAGAACACAUUAGAAUAGAUCUAUUUUUGCCAGAGCACCCUCCCUCCGUCCUCCAAUACAUUUCACUAGAGUCCUUUAAGAGAUUGCUGUAUAUUCCUGAGACCUUUUUUAAAAAAAAAAAAAAAGAAGAAGAAGAAGAAGAAGCAAAUGAGAUAACUUUUUUCUACGUGGUUAAUAUCUUACCUGGUCUGCUUUUCCUAAACCCCAGUGGCUUUUACUUUAGUCGGGGUGGGAAUGGGAGGGACUUACUGGAUAUGACUGUUUUCAGAUUCUUUAAAAACAAACCUUUUUUAGAAAUGCUUAAUUUUUAAGCGGUUAGGCACUGAGAGUAGCAGAAAUCCUGCAAAGCUUUAUAGUUCUCUGAGUGAGGUCUUGAUUUCAGUAGCUGUGCUUAUGCCCCGGAUCUGCUGGAGAGGGGUGUUGGUAUUUUCAGGUAACAUUUGUUAGCACAAAUCUUUCGGUCCGUUACACUGUUCUUCACCCUAUCCGUGUCGUCAUCUUCAUUUCGUCUCUCUUUCUGGAAACUGAUGUUGCUGUGUCGCUCUGACGUGUCCUCGUGAUCUGCUGGCAAGCACCAUCUACACUAAUAUUCGUCUCACGGCGAAUAGCCUCAAGCAAACAAGUUGUUGCACCUUAUGUAUAUCUCAAGCAAACCAAAAUGCAGUGUUCUGCUUUGUUCUGUUCUAAAUCACUGUAGCAUAUCUUUCUGAAACCAUUUUUGCAUUUAGUUGAAAUUGUCAAUAUUUAUGCUUUUAACCUUCAUUUCUGGAUUCAAACCUGUAUAUAAAACUUUUGAAAGUCAUCCUUGCCCUUCUCUGCAGGGCUGGAAGUGGAAGGGUCUGCCUCAGGUGCAGACGUAGUACUCUUCCAGGUUUCUUUAGCCCUUUAUUUAUUUUAGGUAUUGUGGUAUUUCCAAUGUAAUUUUGAAGUAUCUAGAGUAUAUUAUAGUAACUAAAUCUGCAGCUCUGAAGCUGAGUGAAAGAAAAAUACUGUAAGGUGUCCUUCAAGUUCUGUUUGGGUACUGUAAACGUCCCACAGCCACGUCGGAAGCUACAGGUUCUUGUCCCCAAAUUAGGUUAGUCUCAGAUGGUGAAUCAAAACUCUAAAUUCAUUCAGCCCCUUCUUGAGUGAUGAUGUGAUCCUGGCAGCCUCUUCCCCACAAGUGUCAGGGACAGUUUUAUCAGAUGUUGCCUGGAAGCCAUACUGAAUAGUUCCCACACGAUCAUUGUUGUGCUACUUCCGGUCCUUACACUCACUAGAGAAGAAUGAUGGCAGCACUGUGAGUGGAAAGGAGCAAGGAGCAUCUGCACCGUCGGGGGUGGAGCCUGGCAUGUUGAAUCCCUUGUUUUCUUACUAAGUCAGAUGCUUUGCUAAGUCAGAAAAAAUGUGUCUGCACUCUGCAGUCUUUGGCUCAGUAAACUACCAAGCACAUUAUAAAUUGCUAUGGAACAGACAUUAGCUGAAAACUGAAUAACGUGUUUUGUUUAUAGGGUGGGGUGGGGAAUACUGCAUAACUCUGUUCAAAGCUUGGCAUUUGAUGUUAAUGUGAAGCAGUAGGACCAUGCUGCCUGCUAAACUACUGUAUGCAUCCUAAGUGUUCUGAAGACCAGCAGCUGGAGGCUGCAGGACAGCAGCCAUUCAAGAGAGGAGAAGCACCACUGGCUUAUCAGGGGAGAGGAAGAGAAUCAGAGGCGGCCCAGAGUCACCAUGUGUAAGGGCAGUGUUGGGGUGGACAUGAUGCUGUUGAGAACCACCUUUGAUUGCACUGCUCCACGGAGCCCUCAGAUAAGGCCAAUCCUCAUGGGCUACCUCGGCUUUCAAGUCAGUUUCAGUCUGUCUUUCGCCUCUGCUUUCAGUGCCACGAUUUUCCACUGCAGUGUUCCGACUUCACAAAACCGACUUCUCCAGAGAGAACAACGCCUUGCGGUGAUGGGCAGUAGGAGCAAGUGCUUAUCACAUUUGACCUGUAGAAGUGUUUGGAGUGACAGCUAGAUGGAAAUGGAUUUAGCUUCUCCCCACACAUCCUUAUUUUGCACUUUAUGCAAAGUGUACUAAUUGCUAAUUAGAUGUCAUUUCUGUUUAUACAGGCAUUCCCAAAGAGUUAGACUGGACUUGGUUUUGAGUUUGGGGAUUGUUAAAGUCUUACUUAGAUUAACUAACAACAUGUGUGUAAUGAAAACGAAAGCAUCUGUGUAGUUCAUGGAACCGUGUGUCUGAUGAAGCGUCAGGGUUUGAUGGACUACUUUGCUUGUGUUUGGAAGUGAUAGCUAAGUUGGUUAUACUCCAUGCCGAGUGACUGUCCUUUUUCCUUGGGGACAUCGUUACCUUCUUACAUUUCAGAACAAAGAAGCAACAAGUAAAUGACAGAUGUUUGACUUCUUUGUAUAUCUGCACCUAUCUGUGCUACCCUUUCCUUCAAAUAUAUAAAUACACAUUUAUGAGGGAGGAAAAGGUUCCUCUUUUGACCAAAUUUUAUAUGUGGUGGUGUGAUUUUUACUGAUAAAUUCACAGGAGGAACUUUGUAGUCAAAAGUUCUGUGGCUACUGUUUUGUUUUGCUUUGUUCUUUUUUGACUUUUUUGGUUUUUUGUUUUGUUGUUGUUGUUUUUUAUUUUUUUCUUUCUUGGCAUCCAGUGGUCAAACUGAUCAUGCCUUCAAAUUUAUUUUCAUGCACAGAACUAGUUUUUGUGAACAUUAUUACUACUUCCAAAGAUUUUUCUGAUAACUUGGGCCAGAACUGGUGACUGAGUAACAAGGGUCUGAUUGAAUGCCUCCAAACCCACCCACAACAGGAAUCUUACCUCACAAGCUCUUACCUGAAUCAUAGAGAAACUCAUGCUCCAUGCAAUGUCACUGACUUCUCUGUUGCUCGCCAGAAGGUGUUUGCUUGCUCGCUCUUGUCUCCUGACACCUCACAUCAGUGCCUGGGCUCUCAGAGCAGCAGAACCUGGGGUCUGGAAGGCUGGGGACCUUGAGCUAAGCAAGUGUUCAGCCACAUUUUCAUGUCAUUCGCACUAACAAGCCUCUGGCUCUCAGGAAUUUGUCAAAAGGUUGAUGAAACCUCCUGAGGUUCCACACACCAGGUUAUAAACUGGUUCUCAUAGGUUUGAACUGCUUACAUACAUGUCAUAAAUUAACCAUAGCUUCAUUUGACCCCAGGUCUUAAGUCUGUUGACAGUUUUAGCAUGACUGAUUCGCUCAUUUUAUUUUUUUUUUUAUUUUGCUUUGGAAAUUGACUUGGUUCUCUUUAGAGUUGGUGUAAACAUGCCAUGUAAUAAAUGAUUUCCAGUUAAUGGUACAACAGAAUUAUUGCUUUCUUAGAUGUAUGUGUAGUAAAAGUCAAUAUACACAUUUAUAUAAUUUCUUCAAAAUCUUAUACCUAAUUUGAUAUUUCUAAAAAUUGCACAUGUAAGUCAUGUGUAUAACAUGCUAAAGUACUUUAACUGUGAUCUUAAAACUGAAUAAAAUAUUUAAUAAAAAUUUGAAAUAUUUUAAAGAUA